UGUCAGGGUAUUGCUGGAAAUAUCUCGUCGUGUAUUUAUUUUGAAAAUUACUUUUCAAUAAAUAAUACAAUCGUUUUAUAAAAAUCUUUCAUAAAAGUGGUUUAUAUUGCGGUUAAUAUUUGGGGUGAAACGAUUUGAUAUAAUUCGGUCGUAUACUAUGUGAUCUGAUAUUAGUACAAGAUCCGUGUUCUGUCUCCGUGACCAUGAAAUCCAGCAAACGAAGACUUCAGGCACUCACCGAGGGUUCCGAUGGAAUUCCUAAUUACCUCAAAAUGGAAGAUUCUGAAACAUCCAUUCCGCCAGUGUUUAGGUCCCGCCUACAUGAACUGUUCUCCCAGAUAGAGAAAGAAUUUGACCUUCUUUACACUGAAAACCUAAACCUUCAAGAAAAAAUAGAGAUUUUGAGUGAGAAGUUGGAAAGGGAAAGCUAUGUGGGAGACAGACAGAACGCCGACUAUAUUGAGUUUGAAACCUCGGGGAAAAACUCCAAAGUCAAAUUAUCCCAAAGCAACUCCCAAAAAGUGAAAGCAAGCCACAAGCUCCGCGUGCAGACCAGCAAAAUUGUGUCCAGCUUCAAGGCUCCCACGUACAACUGCCAGCUGGUGCGCGAGUUCAGCGGACACAAGGACGGCAUCUGGGAUGUGUCCUCCGCUAGGCCCGGGCAGGCCCUCAUUGGCACGGCUUCUGCUGACCACACAGCAUGCGUAUGGAGUGUGGAGUGGGGCAAAUGCCUGCUCCAAUACACGGGUCACUCGGGGUCAGUGAACUCUCUCCGCUUCCACCCCAAUCGGGACAUCGCGCUCACCAGCAGCGGAGACAACACCGCACAUGUGUGGCAGGCCGCUGUUAAUUGGGAUCUACCGCGUGGCCAGUCCUCGGAAGAGGAACUUGAAGGCGGCGGCGAGGAGAGCUUAGGCGAAGGCGGCGACCGUCCGGAGGUUCUGCGCACACCAUUGGCUGAGCUAGGCGGCCAUCAGGGUGUAGUGGUGGCCGCUGAUUGGCUGGCUGGUGGUGAUCACGUCAUCACGGCCUCUUGGGAUCGCACGGCUAACUUGUAUGACGUGGAGACCGGGGAUUGCCUGCAGAUUCUGACAGGUCAUGACCAUGAGCUGACGCACGCCUCAGCUCAUCACAGCUCGCGACUGGUGGUCACCGCCUCCCGUGACACCACCUUCCGUCUUUGGGACUUCCGCGAGCCCAUACACUCCGUCUCUGUCUUCCAGGGGCACACUGAGAGUGUAACAUCAGCAGUGUUUACUCGCGAGGACAAAGUCGUGUCCGGGUCUGAUGAUCGCUCCGUCAAGGUGUGGGACGUCCGCAACAUGCGUUCAGCACUAGCCACGAUCAGGUCAGACUCGUCGGUCAACCGGGUGGGGGUGAGCAGCGGCGGCCUCAUUGCUAUCCCGCACGACAAUCGCCAAGUACGGCUGUUUGACCUGCAGGGACAGCGGCUAGCACGCCUGCCGAGGUCUAGCCGACAGGGCCACCGACGCAUGGUUACAUCAGUAGCGUGGGCGGAAGACAUAUCCUCGAACAUCAACUUCUUCAGUUGCGGCUUCGACCGGCGCAUCCUGGGCUGGUCCAUCCAACCGUCCAAGGACAACUGAAGUGUAGUGUGGAGGCGAUGGGGGUUCUACUAUUACAUAGCGGGAAAUGUGUGGGACACCACAGACGCCGACGGCAAAACAUCCGGGAUGAGUUUAUACGUGGGUUUUAUUUUUUAACGUGACUUAUUGUAGAUUUACCGCAGAUGGCAUUAACUACGUGGCCGCUGUUUUAGUGGGAAAUAUCAUAACCGUAUAAAGUUGCAAAAGAAAACACUGGAUCUGUUGUUUUUUAACUUUGACCUAAAGUUCCGACGCCGGUCUCAAUUAUUGAUUAUUUUAUCUACUUUCGGUUUUUGUUAAACUAAACCUACCUACUCAUAAAACUACGUAGAUACAUAAACUCACGCCUAUUUCCCACUGGGGUAAGCAGAGAGUAUGGAUUUCCACAAGAAAUACACAUACUAAAUACUUGCGUCGAUGUACAGGAAUUGUAGAAAAAAAUGGCUACUACGUCUAGCCGCAUGGGUCUUUCCAAUGCUUCUAUAAUUUUCUAUCGCUCAAAAUCGUCAUUUGCCAGAGCGACAUAAAGAACGGGAGCGCGACCGCACUCCGACCGCCUGAUCAAUUCCAUUGUGUGCGGUCGUCUUAUCUCGCUCUACCAAAUGACGGUUCUGAGUGAGAGAAAAGGAUAGAAGCAUAGGAAAGUGCGGUUCCGAGCUGCCAGAUGGGUAUCAACCCUAAAUGAUAUAGAUUUAAAGAAAUAAUACGGUGUUUUGUCGUCGGUCUAUUAUCCCGCGAUAUAAGUGGACUGAUUGGGAUGAGUUAUGUACAGUUAAGAUACUUCGAAGACUUCCAGUUUUGUAGAUUUAAUCAGUUUCUUUACUGUACAUAACUUAGGUAACGCGUUGCCAAAACUGUUUGUGUCCAUCGAUGUAGAACGAAUUUUAAUAUAUUUUCAGAAUAUUUGUAUAACGGUAAUGGUUUAUUUAUGUAUUCAUUCCGUCAUUGUUAUUGUAACGUGUAACAGAUUACACAAUGGAUACCUGGGGGGUUAAAAAAGCCACAUCGAAGCAUCCAUCUAUUCAUCUAAAAAAGCAAUAUUGAAAGAAAGAAAGAAUGAAACGUUUAUCAUAAAGGGACACCACAGAAAGGAUAAAAACACAAAACACGGUAUAACACAUAAACACAAACAUAUUGCUAUUUGACAUUUGUUACUUCACACAUACACAGAGACACACAGACACACACACACACACACACACACACACACACACACACACAGACGCACAGACGCACACACGAACACACGCACACACGCACGCACACACACACACACACACACACUAUGCAGUAAUAACACAGACUAAACAUAUUACCGUUUCUUACUCCGUAUGCUGCUAUAUUUUAUAAUUAUUAUAAUAAGCCUUGGUCUGUACCUUAGCACUAAAACUUUCCGGACUCGCUGACCCCCCAAAAUACAGGUUUUCCUAGUUUGGGGGACAGAGAAUCACUAUUUGUAUCAAAACUCUGUACGAUCAACUGCUAUUGUAACUUUUUGUUUGUGUUAUUUUUGGAAAAUAAAAUACUUACUUACUUACUUGUAUAUGCGCAAAUGUCAAAUUGCAAUAUUGCCUUUUUAGAUGAAUCGUUUCGAUGUGGCUUUUUAACCUCCUCAUCGCGAGAGUUCACAUAGAGAAAUCGCGUGAUGCAGGAGCUGAAAUAAAGCGAUCUGAUUGGCUACUUCAAUGUCACAGUAAAAAUGCAGUGACGCUAUUGGCUGAGAAAUGGCUAAGGAAAGACAUGCGGUGUCUAUUGUUAGUAAUCUGUCCCUAUAACGCACUCAGCUUCGCGACUUAUUUUAUAGUUUUCUUGCACAAAAGUUAGUAUUGUUAUUAAGGAUGUUUAAGUAUAAUUAUUGUUGGUUUUCAGUAGUUUAUUAGUGGUCUAGACACGUUUGUUCGUCCAGUUAUUGUAGUGUUAAAAUUAUGUGGAAUGUUAGUCUGUAAUCGUACAUAACGUGGUCGUAUUACGAACCAAAGCGAUAUUGGAAUGUAUUUGUCUGAUUGAGCCGAUAUAAACAUUUCUCUCUGGCCUAUUGCUAAUAGUUAGAACUAACCAAGGUAUAAGAAGAGAGGUAUGCUCAAAAGUGACAGCGAAAUCGAGGUUAGCCCAGCUGACGUCAUCCCACCCUACGUUGCCAUUUCCUGAAAAAUAAAUUACCCACGACCAAUCUUUUUAUAUUUACUUUGCAAGUUAAUUUUGAACUUUUAGUAAAAGAGUUACUUACAGUUUUAAUGGUUUUUUUUAUAUAUGUGACAAGUAAUAGUAAUUAAAUACAUUAGUCAGUAAUUCACUUAAUUUUUCCGAAGCACGGACCAUCUUUCUUUGGGACAAUCAGGUGAUCAGCCUGUAAUGUCCUAACCAAACUAAGGAUCACAAAGUGACUUUUGUGAUAUGUCCCCACCGGGUUUCGAACCCUAGACCUCCGGAUCGUGAGCCCAACGCUGCACUGGACCACGAGGCCGUCCCAACAUUGGGAUGAUGCUGGCUGAUUGAUGAUAAUGAACUAAAUAGGUAACUAAUUGAGCCAUUCCAGUGGUUCAAUAGUAACUGACACUACGGUUGGUAAGGUUGGUCAAUUAACUCAGACCCUACACGAAAGACGCAGGUCGACUUUAUAAUUAUUUUCUUCGCGCCUGCAAAGCGUCUUUUAAAUGCUAAGAAAAUCAUUGGUUCGUAAAACAAGCACAAUAAACAAGAAAAUAACUUCAGAAUAAAUUAAGGCCAAAAGGACUUGGGAAUGCUCUAAUUUGGUAUUUGAUGUGAUUACAUAAUAUUUAUUAAAUAUGAUUAACUAUUUAAUAAUCUGUAUAAAUAAACACCUUAUAUUAAGAAAGGUAAAGGGAUGGAAUUAGUCGUGAAAUAACCAAUUUAAUAACUAUCGUGUUAGGUAUGAUUUAGAUUAUGCUUUCAAUAUGUGUUGUGAACUUUGAAUGUGUCCACUAAUUCUUUAUUCACGCUCCCAUUAGUUUAAAAAAGGCAAACUUUUCAUGUGUUUUGAUUAUAUUUUCGUAUUAAUGAGUCAGGAAUAACAAUUGCAACUCAACUCAAUGACUUGAGUAUAAUCGUCAUUGGUUUUUUGGACCUAAUUUUUGGCUUUGCUUUUUGUACCUAACCAUAGUCUGGUAUACCAUGUAAUGUCUUAAAAAUGUACCUCUAGCAAAAAAUCUCCAUAAAUUCCCGCACUAGCAGUCUUUUUUUUUUAAAUCCGUUGUAGUUUUUGGUCUAUAUAAUUAUAAUAUAGAAUCAAUUUGUGAGGUAUAUCACUAAAAUUAUAUUAAAAACAUGAUGCAUAUCUUCAUGUAUACCAACGUUAACGAGAACAGUGCACCUAGUCAAAAACUUAUUUUAAGCCAAAGAUAGCUCCGGAUUUUACACGCUGUUUACGAGCAAUGUCCCAUAAACUAGAGCAUUAAUAUUUUUAUUUUUUAAUUUGUAGUCGAACAGCUUUGAAUCUUCGCAUGAAAAAUGGCUUGUACUUAGGCACGUAUCAUUUCCUGCCUUGCCGUCUUGUAGUAUUAUUCUAAUUUCAAGUUUAAUGUACAUUGUUUGAGGUUUAAGAAGUAAAUUAAAUUUGAACACAUGAUACCGGGUUCUUAUCGAAUUAUUAUCAGGGAUAUGAGACUCCCAAUAUUUAAACACUGUUGCAAGUGCCAUGAUCACGGGACGACUGAUGAAAUUGGAGUGGAAUAGGUAGACAAUAACGCGGUAAGAACCUGGUAUUAUGUGUUAUAAUUUAAUGUACUUCUUUAUCUAUCUAUAUCACUUGCUACUGCCAAUGUAUGUAUACUUUUAGCUUUAUUUUAUCUCAAUAAUUGUGAUUGGUAUUUAUUAUUAAUAAUUUAAUUAUAUAUUCGUGUCUUUUAAGAUUUGUAGGGUUGCAAAUCCAAGAUUUAUAUUGUGCUUGGCAUGCCCGUCGUUUAGAAUGGAUGGUAUAGACACUACUGUGUAAAACUUCUUAUUUAAUGCAUGGACUUUUAGAAAGUGCAUUAAAUAAGAAAUAUUAUAAUUCCGUAUUUUAUCGUUUGUGUAAUACAUACAUACAGUCAUAAGCAAUAUCAUGUACCCACUUUAGAAUCCUGUCGCACUAUCAUAUUUGACAUUUAAUGAGACUUACCGUUUAAUAUGUCACAAAAGUUAAUGUGACAUGGUUUCAAAAUGUAUACAUAUUAGGACUCGUGACCGUACAUAAACUCACGCCUGUAAUCCCUAAUGGGGUCAGCAGAGCCAUAAGCAAGACAACUUGCAGACACUAUUGAUACUAAGUAAGCUGGAUAUGAUGAACCUUAUGGUGAUAAGGGAUCAGCCUAUCGUCCAUAACAUUAGUCCAUCAUGUUAGAAAGGACACAAUCCCUAUCGGAUUUUGUGACUUGCCCGGGAAGACAAGCAGUUGAACGUGUUCUGUUUUUUAUUUGCUUCCAGAACAGCGUCGAAGCGUUAGUGUAAUCAUCAUCAUCAUCAGCCGUACAACGCCCACUGCUGGGCAUAGGCCUCCCCCAAGUUAGUGUAAUAACUCGUAAAAUUACUAAACGGAUUAGGAUGAGUUAUGUACAGUAAAUAAACUUUGAUGCCUUAGGAAAAGUUACGUUUAAUCAAGGCAUUACAAUAUUCAUUUUGUUUCUGUAUAACACCCAGAGACACACAAAGUCAUACAAAGAGUGGAACAGUCAAGUUUGCGUUCAGUAGGACUAACAUGCGCAACGCGAUAAAAUUUUGUCACGGUCAUUUUAUCGAUUCUGACGACAUAAUUAUAUCGUUUUGUCGAAUGGUGCUAAAAUGUGAACCCAAAUAAGUCAUGUCGUUCUGUCAAAAUACGACAAAAUCGCGUUGCACACAUUUUAAGGAAAAAAAACAAACUUAUCGAUUUCGACAAAAUUUAUUGAAUCGGUCGAUAAUUUUAUCAGGUUGCACAUGUGAGCCCAGCAGGUGUUUAACGUUUAGAGAAUUAUCGUUUUUAAAUUUUUCAAAUAGGCGAUAGUACUUCUUGGACGCGCAGCCUAAUAGCCUCGUAAAGCCGAGGUUUCUAGACACAAUAGUAAAACAAUGGAGUUUGGAUUUUAAAAGAACUGUCGGCGUUACGACUAUAGACAAAUAUUCUUAUUUAUGCUCCUAUUUCGAAAUAUGUAUAUUAAGUCAUGACAAUACUGUGUAUUUAAUUAUAUUUAUAUAAAACUGUAGCAAAAUCUAUCGUGUACAUAAUCUUUCGUCUAAACAUAUUCCUGGUUUGACGAGAUAAAUAAUUCAUGUUAAUAAUAAUGUGUAAUUUAUAAUUAUAUUGUGUCCUGUAGUGUUUACAAGUUAUUACUUUCGUCACAGAUCUAUAUCACAGAUGUCUUCGUUCUCGUGCUAUAUGUAGAUUACAUGGAUAAUAUUUUUUAAUGAGGGACUUUCCAGGCUACUUUCACCAAAAACAAUAUAGAUGGCGUUGUACAGCUUUAACGUGAUAAUUACCUAUUUUCUCAUUACUCGGGUAUUUAUUAUUCCAAAAUACUAUUUAAUGGCAGAAGCUUUUUUUUUUUUUUGACGUGACUUAUUGUAGAUUUGCCGCAGAUGGCAUUAACUACUUGGCCGGAAAUGGCAGAAGCAAAAAACAAGAUACAUAUAAUUGUUGCGUGAUAUUUGUAUUACAUUAUGUAUAGAAUUAUGUUGCUGCCUAUAUUGCUUCUCUUUAUUUUGAUCAGAAUAAUAAUGGGUGCCUGGGUGUAAUAAAAAUGGGUCAUCAUUUGUACCCAAAAACAAAGAUAAAUAAUGUCUGUUAUCCGUGAAAUGAUAGAAAUCUGUACAGCGCCAUCUAUAUUGUCUUUGAGGGAUGUAGCCUAGAAAGUUCCUCAUUACAUGUUACAUUUUCUCUGUGGCUUUACAAUCGGCUACAGGUAAAAUUAUUGUGUUGUUGUACCUACUUUUAUUCAUGUAUGUGUAGUGAAUCAAAGCAUAAUAAUCGAUUUUAGGUCUAUGUAAUUAUUAAUCAUAAAACUAUCAUUUGUUGAAUAACUUCUAUCAGUGAUCUGAAUAUUUUUGUUAUGCCGUGUAUGGUAAGGAAUAUAUGAGCUGGUGAAAUA